CACAUGAUCAAUGGAGGAAGCCAUUUUGGAUUUCCGAAAACAUACACACAAAAUGUCUAUCUGAAUUUCACACAUUUUCUCCAAGAUUGCAAGUGACAGGGCUCAAAAAAAUUAGCAUACGUUGCUGGGAUAUAAGAUGGCAUUGAGCAAAGUAAAAGGGACACUUGAAAGAGUUCUAGAUAAGAAUUUGCAAGACCUUGUCCGCGGCAUCAGAAAUCACAAGGAAAAUGAAAACAAGUAUGUUGCGGAAUGUUUGGACGAGAUCAAGUCAGAACUGCGGCAAGACAAUAUUGCAGUUAAAGCAAUGGCCGUCAACAAACUCACAUAUCUUCAAAUGUUGGGUUAUGAUGUCAGCUGGGCAGCCUUUAAUGUCAUAGAAGUUAUGAGCUCAACCAAGUUUACAUUUAAGAGGAUAGGGUACCUAGCAGCAUCACAGAGCUUUCACGAUGGGACAGAUGUUCUUAUGUUAACAACAAAUAUGAUACGAAAAGAUUUGAGCAGUCAGGGUCAGUAUGAUGCUGGUGUGGCACUGAAUGGAUUAUCAUGUUUCAUCACUGCAGAUCUUGCACGAGAUCUCGCAAACGAUAUUAUGACAUUGAUGACAUCCACAAAGCCGUAUUUGAGGAAGAAGGCUGUACUGAUCAUGUAUAAGGUUUUCCUACAGUUCCCUGAAGCUCUGAGACCUGCCUUUCCCAGGCUGAAAGAAAAACUGGAAGACCCAGACCAAGGUGUUCAAUCUGCAGCUGUGAAUGUGAUAUGUGAACUCGCAAGAAAAAAUCCAAGAAAUUAUUUAUCUCUUGCUCCAUUGUUCUUCAAAUUGAUGACUUCAUCUACUAACAACUGGGUUCUCAUCAAGAUCAUUAAACUGUUUGGUGCUUUAACUCCAUUGGAGCCUCGUCUAGGAAAGAAGUUGAUAGAACCACUCACUAAUCUCAUUCAUAGUACAUCAGCAAUGUCCCUCCUGUAUGAAUGUAUCAACACUGUGAUAGCCGUACUCAUUUCUGUAUCUACAGGCAUACCGAACCACACCGCCUCCAUACAGCUAUGUGUUCAGAAACUGAGGAUAUUGAUAGAAGAUUCCGACCAGAAUUUGAAGUAUCUGGGUUUGCUUGCCAUGUCCAAAAUACUGCAGACACAUCCCAAGUCUGUACAGACACACAAAGACUUGGUUCUCCAAUGUUUGGAUGACAAGGAUGAGUCCAUUAGAUUUAGGGCAUUAGAUCUCCUCUAUGGUAUGGUGUCAAAGAAGAAUUUGAUGGAGAUAGUGAAGAAGUUGAUGGUACAUAUGGACAAGGCAGAGGGUACAAACUACAGGGAUGAAUUGCUGGCCAAAAUCAUUGAAAUAUGUUCACAGUCUAAUUACCAGUAUGUCACAAACUUUGAAUGGUAAGUGGAUAGGUUGCUUAUGCAAAUCACAUAUUGCAGAAGUUUUUGUAUAUUACAAAUAAUACUCUUCGCUAUAACCCGUGUGAGGAGCAGUGUUAUUUGGACUUCCAGUUGGACGGUGGGUAAUUAUAUUCCCGCCCCCCGGGGUGAUGAUCAUAGGUCAUUUUAUCCAGCUGAACCAGCUCAGAAAGUAAAAGAAAUGACGGAAGAGGAAUUAAGCAAGGCUAGAGAACAAAGGAAAGCUGAGCAGGAACAUAAUCCUAACUACCUCAAAGGAGAUGUUAAGAGGAAAAAGUCAUCAUUGACGGAGUCGUCAUCUGUCAUUCCUGUGGCACCUAUUGACUUGUCGGUACCUCUUCAUGUUCCAGGUGUAAACUCUGACAAGUACAUGCAAAUGGAUGCUGAAGGAAGGAAGAAAAAACAAAAGAAGAAGAAGAGAAAGAAGAGGAAAGGAGACAUAGAAGACAGUGAUGAAGAAGACAUUCCACAACAGCACCAAGUCAGUUCGGUUGUUGAAAUGCCAGAGGGUGCAUCCACCAUGUCUGACAAGGAAGAUGAAGGUGAUGAGCUGUACAAGAAAUUGGACAUUAACCUGGAUGAACCUUUACAGCCAAAUGAAAUCCUGCCUGUAAGAACACAUAGAAUUGUAUCUGACCAACUACCGUCACCUACAGAAGAUGGAACUGAGAAAAAGAAGAGUAAACACAGGAAAGAGAAAGAAAGUAAAAAAGAAAAGAAGAAAAAGAAGGAAGGAGGGAAGGAAGAAAAGAAAAAGCAUAAGAAGAAAUCACGUAAAGCUGCAGAGGAAGAGGAGCCAAGUUUGAUGAUGGAGGAUCAUGAGGUGAUAGAUGGAGACAACACACCGCUCCAGUCUCCGAGAGAUGAAGCUCCAGCCAUGGUUAAUAAUAUAGAUGCAAAACCGUUAGAAAAUGGUGAAAAGAUGAAUGACCUUGACUUUUGGUUGUCGGGGAAUGAUGCUAAAGUAGCCAGCAAAGAGUCUGAGGGCCCUGGUGAGGAACCUGUGAAGGUGAAGGUCUCCCAUGUACCAGAACUGUCUUCAGAAGAAGAGCAAGUAAAGACACAUUCCAAAAAGAAGAAAAAGGAGAAGAAAGAAAAACGAGAAAAGAAAGACAAGAAAGAGAAAAAGAGGUCUAAAAAUAAGUUGACAGCAGAUGGCUAUGAGGAAGCAGGGGGGAUAACUACACCAUCCAAAGAGAAUGUGUCUCCAUCCCAGCUUGAUACACCAGUAAAUGCCAAGCCAAUGUCAAGUUACAGAUUGCUAGCAGAGAACACUAGUGUCAAAAUGACGUGUGAAACGAGAGUUAGUCCUCAGAGAACAGACCAAAUAGUAUUGUCAGUGGUUUUUACCAACUUAACCAGUAACCAUAUUAAAAAUCUGGAAUUUAAUGUCAUGGAUACCCUAAAUACCAAACUUGUCAGAGGGAUUGGCCAGUCUACACAUGAUGCUGUCCAGGUCCCUUUCGUGCUUCCAGCUGGGGUCAGUAAUGAGGGCCAGUUUGCAUUCUCUGUACAAAGUAUAGUACAACCUUCCAAAAUGAAAGGAACUUUAACCUAUAUGGUAAAGACUGAGGAAGGAUCAACACAUGAUAAAUUAGAUUUCCGCCUAGAGAUUCCAUGUUGUGCUUUUUUUGUUGCAAUGCCUUGUAAAGGGCCUGAUUUUGCAUCAUUACUUGGAUCAGGGGAUCUAACUGAAAAAUCUACUCUGAAAUGUUCACCACUAGAUCCUAACUUUGAUGUUUCUUUGCUAAGAAUUUGCUUCUAUAAUCAUUUUAAAGUUGUUGAAAAAGUUGAUAACAGUGCCUCCUUAUACAGCCGUUCAAUACAAGGGCAUCAUGUGUGUUUACUAGUCAAAUCUAAUGAUGGUGAAUUAACAGUGGAUGGCAAAUGUUCCAUAAGUUCCCUCCUGUCUAAUUUACUAGGUGAUAUCAAAACUACGCUUACAAGUGACCUAUUGUAGCAUAACUUAUGAAUAUAUCAGGGUUGUAUUGCAAGAGUGUAUACAGACAAAAAGUUCCAUGUUGUAGAAGGGCUAUGCAUAAGUCAUUACAAGUCUUGGAACUAUGAAAAAAGAACAAUUAUGUGCAAAUUGACAAUGAAUGGACAUAUAUUAAUUCUAAAGUGAUUGAAAUAAGCAUUACGCUUUCUUCACAUUCAGGCUAUAAAUAGAUUAUGUUCCUCUCUAUCUUACAGUAUUAUUCUGCAAGGUUCCAUUUGUUUCUCAGUAAUGGGAUACACCAGCCCUCUAGGUCUAGAUGGACUUCAAGAAUUUUUAUGUAUUUUAUAUACCUUGAACCUGCAGUAUUUGUUGUUACAGUGACUUUUUGGCAACUUUAAAAUCUGGUAAAUUACAAUUUUGAUUAUCUUUGUAGUAUGUAAAAUGAAAAAAAAAGCUAUUGUGAAAUAUUUAACAAAAUAAAUUAACAACACUAUUUUUUUUUUCUUUCAUAUAAAACAAGUUUAUUGCUUUGCAUUCUAAAUGAAGACAGACUUCAUGAAUUUGUACAUUGCAAGACCUUUUCCAUACUUUUUUCAUGCCAGUUUAUAAAAAAAAGAACCUUGAAAGAAUGCUUUAACGCAGUAGGUACCAAUUUUCCCAUUUAUUAGAUUCAUUAUAGGUAAGAGAAUAAUUAUAUUGAAACAGAAUGGACAUUUGGACGCAUAGAAAUAGUGUGUUAUUAUCCUCCCCUAGUUCUUUACCAUUUCUUUGUGCAAUUAACCUUUACCCUGCUAAAUUUCUAAAAUAGUCUGGUCCAUCAUUUCAGUUUGGGCAGUACCACAUUUUAAUCAAAGGGGUUUUCACUGAAAAUUUACUGACUGAAUAGCGCACAGUGCAGACCAAGUUAAGCCUGCACAACACAUGAACUCGGUCUGCACUGGUCGCAAAGGCGGAUCACUUGCCACCAGCCCGCUCAAGGUUAAAAUGUGUCCAGUUGUAACUUAAAAAUGGGAUAUAAGUUUGAUUGCUUGUCAUUAGUGUAACUAUUCCAAAACAUUGUGAUUUAUCUAGAAUGUUUAGAUUAUUUCCAUACCAACAGUCAAUCAUUUAGAAAAGAAUAUUUCCAUAUAAAACAAAUGUGUUACCUUUAUGAAAAUUGUGAUAAUCAUUUCCUUCAGAUUGUAUGUGAAAGAUUUAUUGUAUGUAAUAUUUAUUUGUGCAAAUGUAGUACAGAACAAAUACAAAUGUAUAUAUUUUAUUUGUAUAUUAUGUAACAUGUUGAAGUAGCAAUAUUGUCGUAUAUUUUCCAUGUAAACUUGCAUUUUAAAUAUAUGUUAAUUCUUUUGCUAUGGUAUGUUUGAACAUAUGAUAUGUUUAAAACAAUAUGUUUUAAAAGUGCUUAUUUGUUUCGCCAAAAUAAUGAUUUCAUUCGAAAGAGUUAUAUAUAUUUACAGCUCUGGUAAAAAAAUCUUGACAGUAUUCUCUAGAGUUUGUCAUCACAUAAAAUCUGUUUUUAUGGUAAAUAUGAAAAAAAAUCGAAAAUGGUGUAAAUGUUAGUUUGCUCUAUAUCAAACAUCAAGUGAUUUCUUGUUAAGAAAAAAAGAGAGAAAUCUGUUACAUGGCAUUGUCUGGUGAUUAUAACUAAAGAAUAAAUGUGAUUUUUGUAAUCUUUGAAUGUCCAUAAUUUUAGUACUUUCUUUCAUUGCUAUUUUUCCUAGUAAGAGCAUUUUCCCUUCUUUAUAUACUGUUAAAGGUCCAUUACUAAGGGAAAGUGAGUUGGCAAUUUUUUUUCACAGCCAGUGCAUAGACUUCUGCAAGACACUAAAUAAUGAAGAUUGGCAGGUCAAAAUUUACAGAAGGUCUUUGGAACUCAAAGAAAUGUAUGUGUAUUAUGUUGAAAUUUCAAUGAAUCGACAGAAUGACCCCCAGGUCUUUUUAACUUUCUUCAUACUUCAUAGAAAAAUAAUUGUACAUAUACUGCGAUUUAUUUCGACUUUCUACAUACCAACUUUCAUUUUCCAAUAAAAUGAAAUAGUUUCUGUGCUUUUUAAAAGAAAUUAAAAUGUCCACUUUCCUUAGUAUUGGACCUUUAAACAGUGAAGUAUGGUUAUAAGAAAUAAGGCAAGGUGAAAAACAGGAAUAACAGUUAAGAUAUUUAAUUUAUAUAACUUGUUACAGUUGUGCAUUUUACAUUUUAGUAAAAAGUGCCAACAACCUCAGCUUCAUCAUGAAAACUUAAUACCGUAUUUUCCCGAAUUAAGGCCCCCCCCUCUAAUUAAUGCCCCCCACCCGUUUUGGAGGGGAAAAAAAGUCAACAAGAACGAAAAAAAAUCACCUACCUCAUUUUUAUAAGUCCACAUAAUAAGUAAUUUACAGUAAGUAUCCACUGUAUUAAGAAUUAAACACACUAUUAAACAGUACAUGUAACGUAAAUCCAAAACGUUUAUACUAAGUACGGUACGUAUCCAAUCAUCAAAUAGAAAAAUAAACGGUAAAUCCAUUUUUGAUUUGUUUUUGCACCACCCGCGCACAAGCUUCCUGUCGACUUUAAACAAAUUUGCGGCAAAGUGUUAACCUUUUCUUCGGCAGUUCUAAUAACUUUUAAUUUAAAAGCCGGCACAUAAACAGCGUGUCAAACCACUGACAUUGUGUAUUGCAGUACCCGCAUGUACUAAGGAAAAUAUUAUCGGAGUACACAGCUGUUUGGGUAUGAUGACGUAAUGUGUAAUGUCGCGAGCGUGUCACGGAAUACAUGAGGUACCGUAUUUAAAUGCAUAAUUUUAAGAUAAACUGCAUUAAAUUAGAUGCCAAAUAAUUACGUUUUGGGGGAAUUAAACAACACAGAAACACUUUACAGUUGGUUUGAACGAUGUUUUUAAGUUUUUGUAAAAAUUUUAAUUUUUUAUUUUUUUACCUCAAAUGAACGCCCCCUCUUUGGAAAAUGUAACGCCCCCGGGGGCGUCUAUUCGGGAAAAUACGGUAUUAAUGAGUUACAUCUACUUUGCAUAUAUACAUCUAGUUACUUUUAAGAUAACUGUAUAUAUGCACUAAGCGCUUUCUUUCUUCUGUUAAAGUGUUGAACUUACUUUUAACUUACAGAGGUUCUGUGUAAUAUUAUACCAAAGAAUGGACUGUAAUGAGGUGAUCUCUGAUAAGCUGUGACACAUUAAGUUAUUUGAUUUUACAUAUGAUGAAAUUUAGCUGUUGCCAUACAUAUAAUCUCCUCAGUGCACAACGUGGGUAACUGCUUCUCUAUGCCAAUACUGUUAUCCAUUUUUAGCUCAUCUGAUUUUUUGAAAAAAAAAUGAUGAGUUAUUGUCAUCACUUGAGCGGUUGUCGGCGUCGGCGUCGGCGUUGCCUGGUUAAGUUUUAUGUUUCAGGUCAGCUUUUCUCCUAAACUAUCAAAGCUAUUGCUUUGAAACUUGGAAUACUUGUUCACCAUCAUAAGCUGACCCUGUAUAGCAAGAAACAUAACCCCAUCUUGCUUUUUGUAAGAUUUAUGGCCCCUUUUGUACUUAGAAAAUAUCAGAUUUCUUGGUUAAGUUUUAUGUUUAGGUCAACUUUUCUCCUAAACUAUCAAAGCUAUUGCUUUGAAACUUGGAAUACUUGUUCACCAUCAUAAGCAGGCCCUGUACAUCAAGAAACAUAACUCCAUCUUGCUUUUUGCAAGAAUUAUUGCCCCUUUUGGACUUAGAAAAUAAGUUUUCUUGGUUAAGUUUUAUGUUUAGGUCAGCUUUUAUCCUAAACUAUCAAAGCUAUUGCUUUAAAACUUGCAACACUUGUUCACCAUCAUAAGCUGACCCUGUACAGCAAGAAACAUAACUCCAUCCUGCUUUUUGCAAGAUUUAUGGCCCCUUUUGGACUUAGAAAAUAUCAGAUUUCUUGGUUAAGUUUUAUGUUUAGGUCAACUUUUUCUCUUAAACUAUCAAAGCUAUUGCUUUGAAACUUGCAACACUUGUUCACCAUCAUAAGCUGACCCUGUACAGCAAGCAACAUAACUCCAUCCUGCUUUUUGCAAUAAUUAUUGCCCCUUUUGGACUUAGAAAAUCAUUUUCUUGGUUGAGUAUUAUGUUUAAGUCAACUUUUCUCAUAAACUAUCAAAGCUAUUGCUUUAAAACUUGCAACAGUUUUUCACCAUCAUAAGUGGACACUGUACAUCAAGAAACAUAACUCUAUCCUGCUUUUUACAAAAAUGAUGGCCCUUUUUAGACUUAGAAAAUCAUGGGUAGGACAAUAUUUCUAUUAUACAAAAAAAAUCAGAUGAGUGUCAGCACCCGCAAGGCGGUGCUCUUGUUUACACUAAGGUGAUGACAUACUAACCCUUACCCUGCUAAAUUUCUAUAAUAAACUUGCCCAUAUUCCAAUUUGGACUGUACCAUUAACUGUUAAAAGGGGUGCUUACCAAAAAGAUACUGACUGAAUAGCAAACAGUGCAGAUCAUGAUCAGACUGCAUGGAUGUGCAGGCUGAUCAUGAUCUACACUGGUAGCAAAGGCGGAAUCAGUCAUGUCCAGCAUGAUAAGUGAUAAUACCUAACCUUCAGCAGAACAUCUUCAGUACAAUGCUCUCAAUUUUUCCAUAAUAUUAUCAUUUUGUUGAUUGGUGUGAUUUCCAGUUGUCACCAAUUUUAACUUAUCACUUUAAAAAAAAAUCGCCCAUAAAUUUUCAUCAUUAUUUACUACUAGUUACAAUAUUUUUCCUGAGAAUAAAAAAAAACAGUAUCACACUAGCAUUUUAAGGAUGGAUUUAUUUACAAGGUGUCUGAAAUAUGGCAUCGAGUUCGUAUCAUUUCCAUCUCUGUUAUUUGUAGUGAAAUGAUUCAAGGAGAAUAAGAAAUCAUUGGUUACGGUUUGUUUAACAAAAUUCAGUUGUAUAACAAAUAUACACUUGCAGAGUGGUUAUACUGUAAGAUACUUAAAAUUUGCAUAAACCUAAUUUUGCAUAUUUUUUCUGAUACCGGUAGGUGCUUUUUUAUUUAUUGGAGAAUGUUGGAUUUGCGACUUUUUUAAAAGUGAAAGCAAAAGAUAUGCAUGGAGAUCUGUGGUGUAUUAAUUGAUUAAUGAUUGAAUUUACAAUAGAUGAAACAUGCAAAUAAUAGCUCAAAAUAUGAUUCUCACAAAAUAAGAGCUUUACAGUAGUUAGAAAUCACACCCAAGACAGAGUGAUGUCAGAGUGAAGUGUGCAUGUAUGGCAGAUAAAACAUCUGACUAUUGCUGUGCAAUCUAGUUGAGAAGUAAAUAUUGGUGCAUCUGAAUAUACUAUUACUAGAAGAUCUAGAUUUUAUGUAUUAUUUAUGUUCAUUUGAAAUUUCACCUGUUAAGUUAUUUCACAUAAUUUGUGUAUUGUAUACUUGGUUCUAUUAUAAAUGUUUAGUUGGAGAUCAAGAGAUGUGUUCAUAUUAAUAGAGGCCGAGUUUUUAGCUUGUCUGAUUUCUUGAAAAAAUCUACGAGGUCUUGUCGUCACAUGAUCAUCUGCGUCGGCAUUUGUUAAAAUUUUUGUUUAGGUCCGCCUUUUCUCAAACACUGUAAGAGCUACAGCUUUGAAACUUUGCUCACUUGUUGACCAUCAUACGGGGACUAUGUAGGCCAAAAACCCUAACUCUGAUUUACAUUUUGUCAGAAUUAUGACCCUUUUAAUUUGUACUUAGAAAAUUUGAGUUUAUUUGUUAAAAUUUCUGUUUAGGUCCACCUUUUCUCAAACACUGUAAGAGCUACAGCUUUGAAACUUUGCACACUUCUUUAUCAUCAAUAGGGGACAAUGUAGGUCAAGAACAAUAACUCUAACCUGCAUUAUGUUAGUAUUAUGGCCUUUUUUGUACUUAGAAAAUCUGAACUACAACUCUUUUCUUACAUAUAGUCCAGCACUUGCAGACAGGGGAUGCACCCAUAGGCAGUGCUCUUGUUAUAAAUUACAUUGUUUUCAUAAGAGCUGUAACUUUUUUUCUACAUAGUUUUAGAGAUGAUAUAUGGUAUUGAAGUGUAAGAAUACUGUUAAUGUCAAUGUUUGCAUUUACCUAAAAUAUAGACAAGUUUAAUACACUUACUAGCAGUGAAUGUAGGACAAUUAUUAUACUUAUUUGAAACUUAUCUCAAAUUGUAAAAGAAAAAAAAGGCAAGCAGAUUUUUUUCUCUAGAGUAAAAGGUUAGGGCUUGGGUUAUUUGUCUACAUGCCAUUUACAAUGACGGUAAAUUUGUAUAUCCAUACCUAUUAAUACAACGUAUAUGCUAAAUCAGCUACGGUAAAAUAAUACUCAGAGGGAAUCAUCUCACCUCCUUUGUCAGUAGUUAGGAUAUCUUAAUAUUCUUCCAUGGGAAUCUACUUAAGAUUAGUUUACUACUAGAAUUCACAAAUUUAAGAUAAUUCCUGAAACGUUUCCUUUAGAUAAAUACUGAAAUAGUUCAUUGAUUGAGAUAUCUACUCAAUGUUUCAUUUUUAUUAAAUAUUGAAAUGAUUCAUUAAUGUUUUAUUAAAAACUGUGUUGUAAAAAUAACUACUGAAAUAUUUCAGUGACUUAACCAAUAAACGUUACGUUGAGAUAACUUCUGAAUUGAGAUAUUUAUUGAGAUAACUGUUGAAAUGUUUGAUUAUUUGCGACAUCCACUGAAAUUAAAUCAUUAGUGAAUGUCAUAAAGUAAAAAAAAAAUAUGUUUAAUAAAGUAUCUUGUCUUGAAAUAAAAACAGCCUUGCUGGAUAUAGUGUUAUGCUACAUAGGUGUCAUGUGGCUGCUACAUAGGGGUCAUGUGACUGCUAAGUUGGCAUCAUGUGAUUUCUACAUGGUCAUCAUGUGACAGCUACAUAGGUGUCUGCGACAGUACACAUUGAAACUACAUUUAUAUGUUCACAUUAUGUAGUCAUCUGUAAGAGAUAUGGUAUGUAUUGCCAGCAGCUAAAACAAAGGUCACUGUACCAAAUUAUGUGCAAUCUUUUUGUUGUUAAUUGUUAUGUAUAUAUUAUUGUAUGUUAAGAACUAUAGUCAGUAUAUUGCAGAGCGUGCUUGUAUUGUGUGUGAUAACACAAAAAUCUUACAGUGUUGGUUGUCUGUGGAAAAAAGUUUGACCAAAGGAAUCAGAUGCUGAAAAGUUUUGUGAUAAACUGAUGUAUGUCUGUUACAUUUGUAGAAUUUUUCCUGAACUACAUUCUGUGGUGAAAUUAAACCUACCCUUAGUUUAUCUUCAUUACAUGUACAGAGACAAUCUUGAAGGAUUUCUUUUUGUGUAAUGUAAAAUGUCAUGCAUGUCAAUUUUGUUUCUAGAUUUAUUCUAAUCUGUUAAUAAUUAUGGAUGAUUUAAAAAGUUGAAUAAAAAAAUAAAAUUAAUGAUAACAGUUUUUGUCGGAACACUCGUGAAAAUAUCAGUCUGUACAGUAAUUUAAAAUUAAAUUUUGAAGCUGUUCUAAUACAUUAGCUAUAUAAAGCCAUUGAAGGAUGAAUUGAAACUGUGUCUGUAACAUCAACUGUGGUUACAUACUAGUAUCAGACCAUUAUAAUUCUUUGCUGCUUCAGACAAGGUAAUUUAUGUGGUUAGUGCAGGACUCUUGAAAGCAACUCUAUAAUUAGAUAAUUGAGCAUUCAUGAAUAAUUAUUGUUGAGAAAUUGUAAUUGAAAAUGUAAUUAAAUUGUAGAUAGUUACACAUUUUCUUGUUCUGGUAUGAUUAUAUAUAUGAGACCACAUUUAUGUGCUUGUUUACAUGCUUAUUUUAUGAAAGAAUAAAAACUAGAUUUAUAUGA